UCUUCAACAAUGAACAACAAUGGCUCUAAUAAUUACAUAUAUCUCCCAUAUUUCUAUCCGUAUGAUGCCUUUUCUUAGCUAAACCCACACAAAAUUUCACACUUUGAAUUCCACAAUGAGCUGUCCUCAAUUCUUCACCUCCAUUCUUGUUAUGGCUCUUCUUGCAUUAAUGUACAACCCUGUUAAUGCACAGGAUGAUCUUCCAAAUGACUUCGAUGGAACGGAAAGGAAUGCCCUUUUGGCUCUCUUGUCUGAAUUCAACAACCCCUUUCUCAAAAGUAACUGGACAAGCAUCAUGUGCUACAAGAACAAACCCCCAUAUUGGUUUGGCAUACAAUGUGUCGAUGGCCGAGUCACGGGGAUUGUACUAGAAAACAUGGGCCUGGCUGGAAAUAUCAAGCCCGACGCGCUUGUCAACCUCACUCAACUGUCAGUCUUGAGCUUCAGGAACAAUUCAAUAUCGGGGAAUGUGAUGGGCUUCUCAUACAAUCACAAGCUGACUCAAAUUGACUUGUCAGGGAACAUGUUUGAUGGGCCUAUCCCAGAUUCACUUCUAACACUUGAUUUUUUGGAGUCAUUGCAACUUCAAGACAACAUGUUAACUGACUCAGUCCCUGCAUUCAAUCAAAUUAGCUUGAGAGAAGUCAAUGUAUCAAACAACAGGCUCUCUGGGCCGAUACCAAACACUAUAGUUCUCCAAUCCCUCAACUCCUCAUCGUUUUCUGACAAUCCUGGACUCUGCGGCCCACCCUCUCCCAUUCCUUGCACCAUUACUAAUAAUACACCCAAUUCAACCAACACUCACCAUUCUCACUUCGCUUCCAUUUUCAUUGUUGUUGAUAUUAUUUUCCUUAUUCUAGUUGUUGCCCUUUUCAUAAUCUACUGUAGAAAGUCCAGGAAGAUGAAGAAAGAGAAGAAAAGGAAGCUUGUUGAUCAAGAGGAGGAAGAGAAGGUUGACAAGAACAUGGAUGUAGAAGAGAAAGGCAAGCUCAAAUUCAUGGAUAAGGAAAUGGGUUUUGAACUUGAUGAUCUUCUAACAGCGUCCGCGGAAGGUUUAGGAAAAGGGAAUUUUGGGAGUUGUUAUAAAAUUAGGCUAUGUGAGGCAGUAACCAUGGUGGUGAAGCGACUAAGGGAUUUGAAGCCUCUGAGUAGCAAUGAAUUUGAGAAGAACUUGCAAGCAAUGGUUGGCCUAACGCACCCAAACUUGUUACCUCUCCUUGCUUACUACUAUUCCACAAAUGAAAAGUUGUUGAUUUAUAGAUUUGCUUCGAAUGGGAACGUUUAUAAUCGCAUUCAUGGAGAAAGAGGAACAAAGAACCGAAUCCCAUUCCGGUGGAGCGCCAGACUAUCAGUAGCCCACGCAGUCGCUCGAGCUCUACACUACCUCCACCUCAACCCCAUCUCAUCACAGCCACACAUCACCGCUGCUCACGGAAACCUAAAAUCCUCCAACGUCCUCCUCGACCAAAACGACGCCGUCCUCGUCUCCGACUACGGUCUCACCUCCCUCAUCGCUCUCCCCAUCGCCUCCCAACGCAUGGUCUCCUAUAAAUCGCCGGAGUACCAGAUCCACAAGCGAGUCUCCCCCAAAUCCGAUGUCUGGAGCUUCGGGUGCUUCGUUUUGGAGCUCCUGACGGGUCGGGUAUCGACCCAUGGGGCUCCGGUGGGAGUGAACUGUGUAGAUCUGGGAAGCUGGGUGCAUAGGGCGGUGAGGGAGGAAUGGACGGCGGAGAUCUUCGAUGGGGAGAUUGCGGCGGAGAGAGGGGCGAAUAGUGGGAUGGUGAGGUUGUUGGAGGUGGCGAUAAAGUGUUGUGAGAAGUCGCCGGAGAAGAGGCCGGAGAUGGGGGAGGUGGUGAGGGAGAUUGAGGAUGUGAUCGAGAUGGUCGAAGAAGAUGAUGAUGGUGAUGGUGAGUUUUCGUCGGUGACUGAUUAUUCUGUUCCGGCGACUCCGGUGAUUAUCGCGAAUGGAGGUGGUGAUGGUGAUUAUGAGAGAUGAUUUUGAUUUGUUACUGUGUUUGUGUUCGUGGACUGGACCGUACGGUUGGGUUUGUUGGAUUUACUACUUCCUCUCUCUCAAAAUUUCAACAUUUUUUUUUUUUAAUAAUAUAAUUAUUAUAUUUUAAAAAUAUUAAUAUUUUAAAUUUAUUUUUUGAUGGUAUAUUUUUAUAAAAGAAUAAUGUUAUAUGUACCAAAUUAGGAUGUUAAUUAAUUUAUCAAUUGAUGAUGUGAUAUAAUUUUUUUUUUUUUUUAUAUUUGUAAUGUCAUUAA